AGUUGGUUAUAGAGUGUGAGCGUCGCUUAAAUUCACCAAUGAGAAGGAGAUGUUUCGCUGAGGGGGCGGGGCUACUAUUUCAAAUGUGGUAGCGGGGAGAGGCAUAUUAAACUGGUAUACUCUCCUAUCUCUGGAGAACGCAUUAGAAAUGAGUGUUGAUAUUUGUGACGGCACUCGGGGAAUACGGGAGACGGAGGCUUAACUGGCCACCGUUGGGGUGGGUAUAUGUCUGUGUUGUCAGGACUUAGAAGGGGAGAAACGGCCGCAGUUCGUCCUCCGCGGGGUGGCGAUUUUUUUACCCGCUUGUGACUUAUCCGCAAGGACUUCCCACGCUCAGAGUAACUCCAGAAAAUAACAUAGCUGAAGCUGCACUAAAGUAUUGCUCCACUGCUGGGGACUUCACUGUAGCUGCAUCAGACUGGCACAUCAUGGAUGAAAAAACAACAACCUUGCAUUCAGAAUGUAAAAUGAUGGAUGUCAAACCCAAUGAAUGUGUGAAUAAUGACUUUCACCUCCUGACUGAUGAAAAAUUUGACUUUGACCUUUCGCUUUCGCCUACAAGUGAAAAUGAGGAUGAAGUUUUUGUUGGUCCAGUGGGCCAUAAAGAAAAAUGUAUUGCUGUGUCUCUUAAAGCCCAAGAAGGGACUGAAGAUAAAAUUCUCCCCCCACCACAUGUGGAUGAACUAACAUGGAGCCCACUUGCUGGGGAAAAGUUUGUGGAGAUUUUUAAAGAGGCUCACCUGGUUGCUCUCCAGCUACAAAGUGCCAGCAAAGCAAAAAGAAACAACAGUGGCGAACUGGAAGAACGAAAGACAGAGGUUGUAGAAAAAUUCGUACAAGAAUCAAAGUCAAAACUUAAAAUUUUUGAGAAAGGAAUAGAGAUGGAUAAAGACCCAAAGGCGAUUAAGAGAGAGACUUACUGUGUGUGGGAAAGCCCAGUCUACCAACUGCCACCUUCAUUUCAGAAGCAUUCAAGGCAACCAAUCACAGGAAUGUACGACUCUCAUUCUCUAGACUUGCCUCUAAACACAUCUAGUCCUGGUAAAAUGGGUAAAUUGCCCCAAGCAUCAGUUUUGCCUCUAGCACAAGAGAAGAGUGAAAAAACCAAGAAAAAACCAAGCGCAUCCCAGACUAUAAAAAAUUCAUCUGUGUUUGGAAAUAGAAAUCUCUUAGCAGCAGGAGAGCCCAAACAAGGGAAACUGCCUAGUACUUCAAGCAGGAAUAAUUUGAACAGUAUGGGGUCAUCUGAAGAUUUACUCUCUGAUAAAUCAAGUAUUGCUUCAGAUUCAGGAGACUUGUCAUUCUCUAACAGUUCAUCAGUGCAAGACAAGAGAGCUCUUCCAACUCCCAGCAAGUUGGGGAUCAAACCAACACAGCUGAAACCUCCUAGUAAUAUUCGUAUGCGAAGGAUCACAUCAUCAUCAUCAUCAUCAUCCUCGCUUUCCAGCAUGAACUCAAGUUUGAAUUCAAGUCUGUCCAUCUCUCCUAACAGAGGGAAAGGUAAAAUAGGUGUAACUUCUGCAAAUGGCUCUAGGCUCUCUGGUGCAAGUAAGAUUUCUAUAGCUAGACCUAUGAAAGGGUUGUCUGUGCAGGCUUCCCAUUCUGUUGCAUCUGGAAAGCAACACAGAUCUGCAAGCGCUACUAAAGGAAAUCCUCCUGUGAAUGUACCCAAAUAUAGAGCCAUUAUGUCUGAGACAGCCAGUGGGAUUUGGAAUAUGGGUUCAGAUUCUAGUCUUCAGAAGCUAUUAAAGAAAAAUACAUUGGGAAACAUAAGAGGAAGCUCAAGUCCCAAAUCUAAAACAGUACCUCCAGUCUCAAAAGAAGGUAUAUAUUCUGAGAAAGUAGCUGCCAGAAUAUUGCAACCAGUUGGGUCACUAUCUUGUGAUAACGUUGGAGGCAAUGUUGCAGUCACCCCACCUGUCAAACAAUCGGAAGAUGGAUUGGUAUUAAAUUCCUGUUCUACUGUCAAGUCUGCUUUACGGACUCCAGUCAAUAUAAAGUAUUCCGGAUUGCCUACACCCAUUGGUCGGUGUAUCUCAGGAAUUCCAACAAUGACCCCCAAAACUCUGCCCAAAUUAAUGUCUUCUCCCAAUCUCUUGCCUCUUCGUCGAGUCUCCAGUGUAUCGUCCAAAAAGACUUUAACAGCUAGUUCUAAAUGGGCAAAAGAGAGCAGGACAUGGGGGACCUCCAGCUCAUCUUCAACAGGAGAUAUAUCUCCUCCACAGGUUGUUCCUGUUGCACUUAAUUUUUCACCAGAUGAGUCUUCUACAGAAAUAGAAGACUUUUCUGCGCAAGAGAAACCAGCUGGAGAAACGCCAACUAAGGAGAGCUUACUGAUAGACAUUGGAAAAGAUAAAACACCCAUUACCACCCAAGAAUAUGAAAACAAACCUCUUAUUGACCUUUUUAACACUCCUGAAAUUAUUAAAGUUCCUCAAUUGAAACCUACAGGACUGCCAAUAGACCUGAGUUAUCCUCUUAUCAUUCUUAGUCCAGAAGGAAAUAAAGAGAACCUGGAUUUUCCUCUUCUUUGAAGUUCUGAUUCUUGAGCAAUCUGUCAACCUGGAAUAGUUUGUGUGCAACAAUUGAUGUUUCACUGAGCAGCAGUUGUUAUAGACAAAAAUAGACUUAAAAUAAUUGAAUGAAACAUUAAAACUCUGAACACUCGGCAGCUGAGAUAUUUAUGUGCUGUUGCUAGUGACAAUGGGGAAGAUAGCCUUAAAUAUAGAUUACUCAGUAUUGAUAACAUACAGAGUGUGCUGUAAAAAUAUACCUAUUACUAAAUGAACUAUGGAAGUAAUUUGUUUUGCACAUGUUAAGUCAUAAACCUAAAUAAAAUGUAUUUUACUUGAUCAAUAUGUUGUUUUCAUAAAAAUAUAGUGGAAGCUAUUCUGAAUGCUUCCACUGCCUCAAGCUUACAAUUCAAACCACCUGCUACGAUUUAUGAGAACACAGUACACUUGCAUAUUUUGGACUGUAAUUUAUGGUGGGAAAUCCUGGAGUAACUUGAACAAUCUGGUAAAUUAUUAGUCUUUUACAUUAAAAACUGCUUGAAGCACAA